GUUCCGUGUGCACACUCGGUCAGUGCACUUGCUUCUUUUCCGUUCCCUUUCCAAACCUUCUGCUUCCGCUCGAAAAACGCUGGAGAGAAAAGAGCAAGAGGUGGGUACGUGGAUGCCAGCUCCUCCCGUCUUCCGCGGCAAGCUUCUUUGCUCUGACGUCUUCUUCCUUCUCUCCUUUCACCUGCACUCUCCGAACGCAGUGUCGGCCGAUCGCGGCGCGCACUGGCUGUCGGUUGUCUGUUUCGCCGCCGCAGCGACAUCCACGUUUUCUCCACUGUUUUUGUCACAGGUUUUCGAGUUUCUUUGACUCCUUCCGCUGCGCGAAACUUUCCAGACUUUGCUCCGCCGAAAGAUGCUCGAUACGCCCUGGAGACCGGGGCCGCCUCCAGGAUCUGUCCACUGCGGCUCCACGGCGUUGGAGGCGACCCCGUUGCGGUCGGGAUCUCCGACGCCCGAGCGGCUGCUGUCUCGAUUUCCUCACGAGUUUCUCUCUCCUUCUCUCUGCGUGAGUGCACUGGUUCGCCCUCUCUUGCAUUCGCGCUGCUUAAGUGAUCCGCCGCCUCGCUCGCUGCCUCCGCCGUACUGCCCUGCGCCUCCACUGGUCUCCAGCUGCGAGCACUCUGCGUCCGUGCCGACUUUUCUCAUCCCGCCGUUGCUCGUUCCCCUGGCGCCGCCCCUCUCUUCGACCGAGACGCGCUGUCUCCAUCCGAAACAAAAGAAGCCGGCGGAGAAGCAGGCCGCUUCGGCGCGCGACGCCCUCCAGGCGAGAGAAAGCAAGCGGUCGCGGCUUCCGCGACAGAAAGCAGAACGCAGCUGCCAUGCGCGCCAAGACAGUCGACGCAGGGCCAGCUCCGCGCGGGCGCAGGCUGUCAGGCGCUCUGCAGAGACUGGCGACUUUCGGAGUUCGCGGACUCUCUGGACAGACAGAAACGACCAAGCGCCCGCUGCUCUCCACGCUGUCUCCCGGUCUCGUGGCGCUGCGCCUCACGUUCCCCCCAAACACACACAGUGGCAAACGGCUUUGUCGUCCAGAGGUCUCCACAGUUCACAGGAGGAAGCGCGAGGACUCGGAACCGCCUCGCCCUCGCUCGACGAUCGGGUGUAUCGACACCCCGCUCGAGAGGUCCACGCAGAGACCCAAAAACUCCACUCGCUGCUGGAGACGCUCUCUGAAUUGCGCGCAACGGUAGUCGCACGCUUGGACUUCCUGCGGGCAUCUGUCCCUCCUCGUCUUCGGCAAGCUGACCUCGCCAACAAAAGCGAAUCCUCGGGAACCUCUUCCUCUUCUGCUUGUCUCUCUCCUUCUUCCGCUGCUGCUUGUCGCUCUCCUUCUUCGUCUUCUUCUGCUGCACUGGACUCUCCGCUUCCGUCGGAGGCCGAGCCUACAGAGGAACUGAUCGCAGAAGCGCUGGCUGCCGCUGCGCGUCUGAUUUCGCACUUGACGAAGGAGUGCAGACUCGAGGUUGGGCGCGCGUCUCCCGCAGAGGGCCUCGCGUCUCACAGCUCCGGCACUCACGCGGAGAGAAGGCGCGUCUCCGGCUUCGCUCCUCCCUGCACCUUCCCGCCCUCGAACGAGGCCGGAGACAGCAGAGACGCGGACUUGUGGCCUGCGGUGGGGAGCUUCCUCUCCGAUCCAGAGACGCUUGACGCCCUCUGGCCCACUGCAGACACUCGCCUCCUUCGCUCUGCCGGGCGACGCGCGAUUGAAACGCGCCCGGAAAGAGACGCAGCGCCCGGAGAGACACGGGAGACACCACUGGAGACACGGGGGAAAGGGGAGACAGAGACGUCCCGGAGAUCCGACGCUGGAGGCUCGAUCGCGAGCCGCGGACGCGCGCGCCCCAGCAGGCUCCGCGGGCGCGGGCCUCCGACCGCGCGCGGACUGUCUCGGGAGCCCAAGGCGCACGAGGACUCGGAAACGGAGGGCAGCGAGUCUGAGCGACGCGCCACGGCGAGGGUGAAGGAGAGCUCCAGGAGAAACAAGAGCUCUGGGGACGACAAGGAACGCGAAGAGGGGAGAGUGUGGGGAGUUUGGGAGGCGCAGCAGACGCGCGAGAGCGCGACCGGAGACACCGGAGAGGUGAUAGGAGACAGAGAGACCUCCGUUGCUGGCGAGGCAGACAGGAGUGAUGAGAUUCUUCUGAAGAGGAUCCACGAAAUCCAGACCGAGCAGUUUCUUCGCGCCCUCGCGCUCUGCUUGCCGUAUCUCUCCCUGGAAGACCGCAUUGGAGGAGUUGCUCUGGCGAGCAAGGCAUGUCUGCAAGUGGUGUGGAGCGCGCCCAUCCACUCCGCGGACUUUUGUGCUUCAGGCCGGAAAACCAGUCCUCAGCAACGCUCUCUCCUCUGUCCGUACAUGCACUGUUCCCCUCGUCAAACGCCUCAGGUUGCCUCCUCCCUUCUCGGCCCUCCUCCUGCCUCAGCCUGUCUCCACUUCGAUCGCUGCACCGCCCCGAACGCCCCUGCGCAGUCUCUGAGAACCGAAACCUCUCGACUCCCUUGUUGCCCUUCCUCUCGUUCCUCUUCUUCCUCUCUGGCUUCUUCUGCGUCUUCUUCGUCUUCUUCCGCAGCUGCUUUCGAGCACCGUCGAGUCUCUGGGAGUGCCUGUGCUCUCGCGCGCCUCGAUGGGGUGCAGACUUCAAGGCUGGAGGCGCGCGCGUCUUCCCCGCUUCCGCAUGUAGUCCACGAGAUCGAUGGGGAGCACCUCCUCAUGUUGCCGCUCUUCUUGCGGCGCCUAGCUCCUCGUCUCACGCGUCUCCAGGCCCUCGCCGCCUGCGCGGCCUCUGUGCCUUUAAUCAGCUGUCUGGGCGUGACUUUGCGCAGACUGAUGAUCGACAAAGUCCAAGCUCCUCAGCAACUUCACAUUGUGCAUGCGUGGAUCUGUGCAGCCUGUCGACGCUGUCCGCGUCUCUCUUCCUUGUCCCUGAUCUGCGACCCAACGGGAUCUCCGUGUGUCUUCGCCGCUUCGCCUUCGCGCUCUUCCCUCUGCUGCUUCUGCUGCAGCUGCUUCUGUCCAGGGGCGCCGAGCUGUGGGCGCGCGCAGCAUGGCCUCGCGUUCUCGGACUCAGCUAGCAGCCGCAGGAACCGCCGAGACGCGGACGCGGAGCGCUUGGGAGCGGAGCCAGGCCGCGAAGACUCAGAGAGGCGCGCCUGCCCCGACGCAGGCGCUGGGCGCGCGGCGGUUUACGUCCGAAGUCACGGCCGACGACGCUUGGGGGCAUUGAGGGUGCUGUGUGUCGAGGGCGUGAGCUCCGCGGAUCUCCUCCAUCUGGUCAAUGAGUGCGCGAUGCCGUCGCUCUACCGCCUCGUGGUCAGCACAAGCCCGCUGUUGUCUGCGUCGGACUUCAUCCACUUUCUCGACGCGUUCCACCUGCGGAUUCUAAGCGACCGGAGCGUCUCUUUGUCGCUGCCCUCUCCUUCUCUCGUUCCUUACACUCCAGAAGUUCGCGUUUCUUCCUCUCCCGUUGUAUCUUCGCCUCUGUCUCCGCCGCGGACGGCUGCAGACUUCCCGACGUCGCGAGUCCCCGAGCGCGACAGACACCUUGGAGAGCCAGGGGCGAAUCCGCUGUGUCUCCACGCGCGACGCCGCCAGCUGUCCGUCUCCUCUGUCUCCUCAGCCUCCUCCGUCUCCAUGCCCGCCUUCCUAUCCACAGAGGCCUGGGAACGCUACGAGGCCGCUGCGGAGCGCGCUCGAGCCGCGGCGAAGGCCUUCGCCGACGCAGCCCGAGGCGACACUUGCCCUGGCGGGGGCGAAGGUCCUCCGGAGGGAGAAGAACUACUCGAAAUGCGGCGAGCAGGCGAAGAAGCCUGUCAAUUAAGAGAGCUGCGAUUGAAAUACGGAAACAACUUGUGCUGGACCUCGCUCUUGACUUCGCUGUCAGCGUUCUGCAGCCUGCGGCUGCUGGACUUGUCUUCUUCGUCUGCGACUUUCGGAGUCGCCACCCGCUUCUUCCACGCGUCGGUGGCCUUCGUCUCUCUGCCCAUCCACGAAGAUCUUUCCUGGGUCCUCUCCGCGCCGAAUCUGCGCGUACUCCGCCUCACUGCCUCCCGCAGUCUCUGCUCCGCGACCUGCGAUGUGAAGAAACUCGUUCGGCGGCUUCCCGAGCAACUUGCUGGACUCUCGGCGCGGGCGCCCAAGCUGCUUCUGGUGUACGUACACCUGACGGUCGACCCGAGCUACGGUUCUGCGUCGGCGCCGCCCAGAGUGUCCGAGCGACUUUUGGCCUCCUCGCGGCCGGAGCCGGAAGCCGGGGAAGAGGCGUCUCCGCGCACCUCGCGAGUCUCCACGUUUUCCGCAGGCGAAUGCGAACCGGAACCAACGCGGUCGGACGCGAGACCGCUUCCCGAGGACUUGACUUUCCGGCUGGUCUGGGAGAACGAGUGCCGACAGCUCGAGAGUGACGCGCGAGACCUGCGGGGACAGUUGGAGGGCGAAGAAGAAAAGUGGAGAGUUGCCGCUGCGCAUCCGUCUCGGCCUUUCAGUUUCUGCUUCUGUCUCAGCCGAGAACUGGAGCCUCUCCUCGACGGAAAUCGCCUGCCAAUCAGUGCGCUUCCAGACUGCGUCAAACCGCGAGCUGAGCAUGCCGAGGAGAAACGCGGAACUGCAGUGACACUCCGCCGGUCUUCACCGUCUUCGUCUUCAAACGAAACAGUGGAGGAGAAGUCGAGCGGAGGCUCCGCAUCCGCACGGGGGAGCCAAGGCGACGCGCGAGAAGAGCGAGAGAGGAAGAGAGAACGGAGGAGCGUCGAAGAAAGAGAGAUUCAGUCAAGGAUGGACGAAAUGGAGGAAGACAUCCGCGACUUGUUUCUUCGAGAUGAACGAGGCUCCGAGUGUGAGGGGGACAUUGUCAAUCCUGUUUACAGCUUCGGUCUGGACGACUGGCUUCGAUUAAAAGCAGCUCUGAGAGAAUUACCGUCUGCAGACUCCGGCGCGGACAAAGUCCAUCUUCUCCGCGGGCGACGCGCCAAAGACCUCUAUGCGUUUUGGAGAAUUUUUUGAUUUUUUUUUCCCCUGCGGUAUUCUCCGGCAGGUCUGCCAGGAUGUCUGCUGUCAAGACAUCGCGCAAGACCUCGAAAUCUUUGAGUCCGUGGUGCGUUUCACCCUUCGCCACCCGCUUCUUUUUCUUUUCUUCGUCUCUCCUUUUCUCUCUCUUCUUCUGUCCUUUUCUCUCUCUUCUUCUUCCCUCCUUUUCUCUCUCUUCUUCUGUCCUUUUCUAUACUGAUCAGUGUCUCUUCGGUUGCGUGUCUUUUCUCUCCCGCGCCUCUCGUCUCUCGCCGUUCUCUCUUGUCCGCCGCCGCGUUUUUCUUCUCUGCAUCCGUCUUCUUCUGUCCAUACGUUUCCUCGGUUUCCUUCUUCUUCGCGUCCGCUGGCGUUCCUGCGCUCCGCUGCAGCGAGGCCGUGGAUUCGACUUCGCGGGUGUGCAGGGUCGAUUCUCAGUUGCUCUCCACUCUGUGUCUCGGCGCUUCGUCCUCGCUCCGCGAAACCUCCGUCCACGAUGAAAUUCACUUUCGCCGCGCGAGCGCUUCCAGGACUGAAACGUCUGGAGUGUCUCGGCACCUCGGGAGAAGGCGGAAGCUCAUUUUUCAGGGUGCCGCGCCGUCGGGGCUUUGCGGCAGCGUAAAUUAGGAUUCUGGGGAGUGUCAGAGUGUGGAAUUUCCCACAGAAGAGAAAGGGGAAGACUUGCAUGUGCCUCUUUCUUUUAAAAAAGACACCGCUGCGGGCUGUCAACAGCGAAGCGCAUGCAUGUGCACAUGGCCGGGACCCGCGUUGAGUCGCGUGAGACUCCGUUGGAUCUGCCGGUCUAAAGUUUCCGUCUCACUUCAGUUCCGCAGAACGAUAUAAGCAGUCUGAAGUCCUGCGUCGGAGAACGAUUUGCUUCUCGUCAAACGCCGGCUGUACAGGCUGCGCGUAGACUCGCGAUGUCUGGUCUCGGAAAUUCGCUUCCGAUCUGGAAAAAAAAACUGGAAUGCUCGAUGCGUUGUCAGUGCGCUUCGCAGACGGCUCGUCCCCCUCUCCUGCAAACGCAGAGAGGUGUGGAGAGACGCGGUUCUUGUCAGGUCGAAUUCUAUCGGAGAGAGUGAAAAAGGAACUCGCGGAUUUUCGGUCCUCGCGCGGCAAAGAAAAACAACG